AUGGAAGGAGGAGGGUGGAAACCAAGGAUUCGGAGAAGACCAGUGGGUUAUCAGCAAGCUAGUUUAAGGGGACCAGGAAUUUUCACUGUUUUUGUGGACAACUUACCAGAAUCAAUGGAACCAAGAGGUUUGUUCAAUCUCUUUAGCAACUAUGGAGUGGUGAAGGAUGUGUUUAUUCCGAAGAAAAGAAGGAAAGUUUUGGGAACAAGAUUUGGGUUUGUUAGAUAUGAUUGUCAGGUUGCAGCAAGUAUGGCAGUUCAAAAAACUGAAGGGUCGUGGUGUGAUGAUAAGGAACUGAAGGUACGGAUAGCUGCAUACGGAAGUAAAGCUCAGAAUAUGAAGAUGCAGGAGUCAAGAAAGGAGAGUAAUAGUGCCAUCAAACAGAGGGUGCAAUGGAAAACAAUAGAGGGGGGGUAA